AAUUUUCAUACUAACCAAGACAAGGUCUCUGAAUACCAAAACCAGUGUCUCUGAAGACAAAACACAAGACUACAUUUUCACAUAAUCUAAGAAUUUAGAAGUGAUGAUGAAACCAAUAUCACUAACCCACCACAUAUCAUCCUUUCUCAUACCUCAUUCAUAUUCCAAUUCCAGAUUCAUAAUCUCUUCCAAAUUCCUCUAUCAAUUUUCAAUCACAAAACCAUUCCGAUUUCUCUCAACAACUCCCUCCCCAUACCCUCUCCAAUACGAACUUAUCAUCAACCGUCCCGACCUCUCUAAACCCUCCUAUCAUCCUCCACCCGCCAAACCGAACCACUCUCCCGAACCAAACCAACCUGAAACCCUCCAAAAUUGGGCCCAAACUAAGUUAACCUCCGAACCCGAAUUAAACCAACCCGGUUCAUCAAAACCCGAACUUGAUAAAGCCAUGAGGAAAUACUACAAUAAAAGGAGGAAGAGAAUGUAUGGGUCUGAUUCCGAUGACGAUAAUCGGAGAAACGAUGAACAGUUUGUCGAGUUGAAACCUCAAGUUGUUGAAUUUCCUACUUUGCAUAAGAGAGAAGAGGAAUUGUAUUUUUAUGAUGCUUUUGCUUAUCCUUGGGAGAAAGAUAAACAUUACAAAAUGGUUUAUCAGUUGGAGAAAAAGUUUUUCCCUGAUCAGUGUUUAGAUAAGGCUUUUCUUCAACCUGGUCAAUCAAAUUCAAAUUCAAAUUCAAAUUCAAAUGUUAGGAAUAAGAAAGUUGGCGCUUUUGGUGUUGGUGGUGGUGGUGGAGAGAAUAAUAAUAAUAACAAUGAUGAAGUUGGUGUUUGUGAGAAAAAGUUGGUGUUUUUUGAGGAGAAUGGGAAAGGGGAAGAAAAGGGUAUGGGUAAGAAGGAUGGUGGUUGUAAAGAACUUAAUAGUGAGAAGAAGGUGGGAGAUUUUUUUAAAGGUUUGAAGAAGGAUGUUGAAGUUGUAGAGCCGUUUUUUUCUUCAAGGAGGACUGGUCUUCCGCCUGUUUGGGAUAGUCAAUAUGGUACUGUGCUUUUGGUUAACAAACCUAAAGGUUGGACUUCAUUUACAGUUUGUGGAAAGCUGCGUCGCCUUGUCAAAGUGAAAAAGGUAGGCCAUGCUGGAACCCUUGACCCAAUGGCUACUGGUUUAUUGAUUGUUUGUGUUGGCAAAUCUACAAAACUGGUGGAUAGAUAUCAAGGAAUGGUUAAGGGUUAUAGUGGAGUUUUCCGCUUAGGGGAGGCUACUUCAACAUGGGAUGCUGAUUCACCAGUCAUUCAACGUGAGCCAUGGGAGCACAUCAAAGAUGAGGACAUAAAGAAAAGUGCCUUGUCCUUUUGUGGAGAGAUUUGGCAAGUUCCUCCUAUGUUCUCUGCUAUUAAAGUUGGAGGUGAAAAAUUGUAUGAGAAAGCAAGGAGAGGAGAAAGCAUUGAACUUUCACCUAGACGAAUUUCAAUUUUCCAAUUCGACGUAGAGCGUAGCUUGGACGACAGACAAAAUUUGAUUUUUAGAGUGACUUGUUCUAAAGGGACAUAUAUUCGGUCACUCUGUGCAGAUUUUGGGAAGGCUCUUGGCAGCUGCGCACAUUUAACGGCUCUCCGAAGAGAUUCAAUCGGACAAUAUUUAGCUGAUGAUGCAUGGGACUUUCAAGACCUGGAAGAGACUAUCACCAAAACUUAUCUUUAACUUCUCUGUUUCUCCUUCCUGUGACAUGCAGUUUUCAUUUUUGGUAAACAUGUUUAUGAGACUGAUUUAUAAGCACCAUAUGGCCCUUUCUGGAAUUCUUUAAUUUUCAGAAUUUAUGUCUGACUUGGUUUGUAAAAUUGAGGAAAAGGGUCUGUAAAAUUCGUUCAUUCAUUAUUUAUUUUUAUUAACAUUUCAUUUUAUAUUCUCUAUAUAACAUCCCUUGGUUAGACAA